AUGGUCCUAUUCGACGUUCAAGGCCGAGGGUCGAUUCUGGCCAAGUGUGUACCUCUUUGUGCGACGGGAAAGAGCGUUUAUGCGGCCCUGCGGAAGGAGAUGGGCUCAUUUUCUUCCUGUUACGCAGAUGGUAAAGAUGCAUUGUCGUUCGAGAGGGAGGGAGUUAUCGCACAUGCCGAUCUAGCUGCGUUGCUUACUCCCAUUGAACCGGCGUACUAUAAAUUGCCGAUAGCCAAGAUGGGUGAUGCCAUUGGAGGGGGUGGUUGCACCGAUGGGGUAACGACCAAGGUCCAGAAGAAGGCUUCGCGAGGUGUAGCUAGUCUCGCAGAGGAGAAAAAACGUGGUCCAUCACCGGCUAGAGGGCCUGUCGCUGGUGAUGAGGUAUCUAACGCCCCACCCUACGGUGAGCCCACGAGUACUGAUAGUAUGACGUGCGGUAGAGUAGACACGCCAGUGGUGAGGAGGGGGGAGACCACCGUGGCUGCCGCCGAUUUGUUGAGGGCCUCUGACCCUCAUGCCUGGUGGAUAGCCCCUGCAUUACAGCCGCUUGCCAUGAUGCAGCUCUCACCGUGGGGCCCUAUGGGAGGCCCCUUCGGAUGGGGCUCUACAUUUGUUACAUACCGAGUUAUGGGAGAGCUAUUCGGCCCUCAGGGAAGAGGAAGUGGCAUCGUGGAAGGGCAGGGAAGCGUGGCCUCUGAUGGCGUUGUGGAUAGCGACGUUACUGAUGAGGAGAUGUUGAGAAGAGAGGUUGAAGUAGAUGUAGCUAGUGGAGUUGCGAGGGGAGCGGCUCUGGUGGCGAUACGCUCACUUAGAGGGAGGAGUCAUGGGGACUCUGAAGAGGAGGAGGAGGCCACCACGGGGGUUGCUGACCUCAGCCGAAUGGUCGUUGAUGGUAUCAUACAAGAAGCUAUCACUGACUUGAUCGGAAGUGAUUGCGGCUCUAGUGCCGGUGCUGCUUCUAGUGUAGCCACUGAUGAUGCUGGAGUAUCGUGGGACGCUGCGGAACUCAGCCGAAUGGUCGUUGAUGCUAUCAUACAAGAAGUUCUCGGUGCCUUGAUCGGAAUCGAGGCUGCUUCUAGUGUAGCCACCGAGGGUCCUGGAGCAUUGUUGGAUGCUGUGGAACUCAGUCGUGCGGUCGUUAACGGUGUCGUUGUAGAGGUGGUCGGCCGGUCCGCAGGGGGAGUCGAUGUUGCCUCCAUCGUUGCCGCUAGGGCUCCUGAGGAUGCCGACCUUAGUCGGGUAGUGGUUGAUGGUAUCAUGCAAAACGCAGUGGGACGAUGUGGUCAUUGGAGUGGCGCUAGUGGACCAUGGAAGGAGGUCGCUGAUGGUAUCACUAGGAAGACGAUAAAUGGUGAUGUUGUUGUCCCCGACACGAUUCCUGGUGAUGUUGGAGCAACUGUGGAAGUUGCUGACCUCAGUCGGAUGGUCGUUGGUGGCGUUGUGAAGAAUGCGGCGAGGGCAUUGAUAAAGAUCAAUCCUAUCGAUGGCGACUGUGGUCCCGAUCCUGAUAGAGCCGUCCAUGACGGUGGAGCAUCGAAGGAAGGUGCUGACCUCAGCCGCCUGGUCGUUGGCGGGGUUAUCAGAGGGGCAGUCAAUAAGCUCGUGAGGUGUGGUGAGCUGUGUCAUCCAAGUGGCGUUGGUGCUGCUGGUGAUGGUGGAGCAUCGAAGGAGGUCGCUGACCUCAGCCGCCUCGUCGUUGAAGGCAUCAUCAAGGCAACAGUUAAUAAGCUCAUGAGUAAUGACCUGCAUCACCAUCCAAAUGUCGCUGCUGCUUCUACUGCAGCUACUGAGGAGGCCUUGCUGGGCCAUCUGGUGUACUACAGGGCACUUAUAACGGGUCUUAUUGCCACUAUGACCAACACGGUGGGUAGUGUGGCGUGA